CUUUCAACUUUCUUUCAAUGUCCACCCGCGACGUUCUCGCACUCAUUGCCAGUGACCUGAAAGCAUCUACUUCCGACCUUCUCCUCGAAACUCCCCCGCGCAUUGAUGCAUCCAAAACAUUCUCAACACUCCACAACUACAUAACUCACCACCCCGUCUCCCCACCUACGUUCCAUUCUUCUGCGGAUAAACUCGCAACAGAACUUGUUUCUCUUUAUCGCUCUACAUUUGCCCCCAAAGAUACCCAAUCGCAUAGGGGUGUGUACCGAUUGGACUUAGAGCAGGUCGCGGGGGAGGAUACAAAAUUGCUGGUUCUGGUCGCAUGGUUACAAAAGCUGUUGCCCAUAUAUGAUCCAUCACGGUUCAUAGCAGAUUGGUGGGAGAGUUUUAUGAAACCGGUGCUAACGGCAGGGAGAUGGAAACCUUUGGUGGAUCGCGUGACAAAUAUUACCGUUGAAUUGCUAUCUUAUGAGCACUGGUCAUGGGCCCAGAAUAUGGGAAAUCUGCCUGGAAUUGAACAGUUUCGACGUGCGAUUGUGGGGUCCUACUUGGCUGAGCGGGCUCUGGUUUGGGAACGAGGGCAGACGAGUAGUAAAGAAUACGGCCCGGGCGGCGUAACACCUUUAGCAAUUUCCGAGCGGGCUAAUAGAAAGAUUGGAGCAUUCUGGGAUACCGUAUGCGCAAACAAUUUGGAACGAGUCCUGAUGCAAUUUGGGGUUGCAAGACCAAAGGACUUUUUUGACUUGUUGAAUGAAUACUGUGUAAACAAGCAACAUCGGAUGCAUGUUCUUGUGUUUCUGAUCAAAUUUGGGCGGCGUGAGGAAGCACCACUCUACUAUAUCCACGAAAGCAAACUAUUUCAUACCAUUUUGAGCAGUGCCAUGAAAGAUACCAAUCCGGGAAUUAUAUGCUCUAUAGUAACGUUCCUCACCGUCCUCAUGCCGUCAAUUGUAGGACGAUUAGUAGAUACUCUGAACGAUCUACUAGCUAUCCUGCUGCGGCUCGUAUAUUGGGAAUCCACCUAUUCGAUUGUUCUCAAUCUCACCAGCAAACGAUCGCAUCAGGUCACUCAUCGGUCGGAAAUUGAAGAACCACAAGUAGCUGUCGAUACUAUUCUUACAGAGUAUACCCACGUCGCGAUUGCAGAAUCCAUCGAGAACUACUUUACGCUACUCUACGGUAUUUUUCCCUGUAAUACCGUAGAGUUUUUACGGGCGUUUUACGAGGUGAAGAGACCAGAUUUCCAAUGGCGAGAUCAGAGUGGGGUCUUGAGUGGAACUUUUGAGCUUGCGGAUGAUCCGUUUAUGGAGAUGAGGAAACAAGUUGAUGAAAUGGAAGAUAUGGACUUGAAUGAUAUUGUUGUCAAGAAGUUGAUGACACUUUCAAAGUCCCACCGAUUACAUCAAAAUCUUCUCUUUUUGACAUCUCAGAAGGAGCGCGAAAUGUCCAAGCUGGUUCAGAAGGACCCCUCUGACGUUAUAAUCGAAAGCCUAGAGCUCCGCAGCUAUUCUGGUCUGCAAGCUGCAGCGAACGAUAAUAAGCCAAGUGCUGUGUCGAUACAUUCCGUUGAGGAAGGAAAUGAGGAAUCUAUUAGACGGUUCACUAUCUUGGAUCACACGGAGCAUGUCGCCCCCAUUCUCUCUCCUGUGCCUAAGCUCAAGGAUCGGGGAUCGGAAUCCAUAUUAGAUGUGAAUGCCGUCAAGUCCACCUUGCAGGGUGAUGGUGCUAGUACCGCAUCUGCUGAGGUCAGACAACCUACUUCUUCACGUGAAACAGAAGAUGCUGUUCCUGGAGUGUCAGCCGAGCCUGAAGGUAGACCGAUAGGGCCUCAAAAGAAGGUGAAAACGGUGGCGCAGGGUGACGUGGGCGAAGCUGGCGUUGACUUGAAUGCCAUUUUGAACAUCAACCGCAUAUUGCGAACGACUAUAAUCGGUUAUAAGGAUUCCCUGGCAACCCUCCCAACAUGUACCCCGGAACAGUGUCUCACACCCUCCCAUGUCGACAUCCUCAAGCUACAGCUUCUCCUCCUUCUCAAUGACAUCAACUUCCAAUUCUACUUGCGCUAUCAUCACAUCCAAUUCAUUAGGAAACUCCGAAAGGACCACAUCCAGGAGGAAGUAAAAGAGGCUGACCGACAAUCUGUCUUCGAAAAGCUUAAAAUCCAGAAUCAAGAAAUAAGUCUUCUCCACGAUAACCUUAAUCGUCAACGCCAAGAAGCCUCGUCCAUCCGCGAGAGACAGCGGAAAUAUGAAGAGGAGCUUUCUAGGCGAUUGCGUGUCGCUAAGGAGGAAGCGGUCUUGUUGAAAGCAGAGGUGGCGCGCUUGAAGGACGGGAUUCGGAAAGGUGAUAUGGAAAUGGAUGAAUUGCGGAAAUCAGCGGGUGAUGCUGAUGCUAGGAUCUUCCAGCUUCAAACAGAAAUAGAUGUCACGGCCCCUGACUUGGAAAGACUAAAAGAAUGCGAAGAGACCAUUGAAGCCUUAUCAAAACGAGUUUUAGCGCGGGAAGGAACUGAAGCCCAAGCAGAACUUUGGUCCCGCGAAAAAGACCAACUAGUCGAUCGAGUGGUGGGGUUACAGAUGCAACUGGCCGAUGCGGAUCGGGAGGUGGAGAAAUUGCAAGCUGAAAUACAGACCCAUGUUCAGACUGCUGGUCAGGCAUGCAUUAGGGCUAAUCAACUAGAAUUGCAGAUGGAAAAGCUGGAGAAAGAUGCGAAGGAACUGGGCUCUACGGUGCAACUCCUUCAAACUAGCAACAGCGAACGGAUCAAGGCCAUUGAGGCUAAGUACGAGACCAUCAAGCGGGUGAAUCUGCAAUUACAGGGAAGGAUAGCGUCGUUGUUGAUGACAAGCGAACUAAGGCAACCCGCGACGUUUUUGGAGCAGGAGGUGGCAUUGCCUGUUACUAUCGGGCGCUAUGAUUGAGCGUUUCCUAUCAUGAAGGCGCCCUCCCAAUAAAAUGAGGCGAGGACGUCCUACUAUGCCCAUCAUCAUCUUGGUAGUGAAAACAUGUUUGUAAUAACAAAAAGUCAUAAAGCUAUGUACAAUGUGUCAAAAAUCUACAGAGAAACUACCGUGCCAUUCUGAUAGG